AUCAUAUCGUAAUGACAUAAAUAUCGUAAUGAAAUGCACCGCUCAAGCCCCUUGGACAGCGAAAACUGCAGGUCCUGCACCAGCUUCAGUGACUACUUUAAAUCAACCAAAGCCAAAUUAAAGGCUGAACAAAAUGCAAAUGAAUUAAGUAAUAAAUCGUCCAACGAGAUGAUGGAGAAGCCGAUAAGGUUGGACUGUCCGUUGGAUAAGGACGAACUGGGUAAUGCAACUUGGGGUUUACUCCACACAAUGGCCAGUAAAUACCCCGAUCAGCCAAACGAAGAACAAAAGCGUGACAUGAAACAGUUCUUCAAUUUACUUGGAAAGUUUUAUCCCUGCGAGUACUGUGCCAAAGAUCUUCGAAAAGAUUUGAAGGUUGAUCCUCCCAACGUUGAAAAUCAAACAGCGCUUAGUCAGUGGUUAUGUAAACUGCAUAAUAAAGUCAACAUUAAAAUUGGCAAGCCAGAGUUCGACUGCAGUAAAGUAAACGAGCGGUGGAGAGACGGCUGGUUGGACGGCUCGUGCGAUUUUUGAUGUUUGUAAAUAACGAAAUAAGUAGAAUUAUUUAUUAAAGUUUAUUUUAUAUGAAAACUUAGAAAGAACUAUUGAAUAAUUUAUGCGCUUAUUGAGGA